AUGGCUUCUCCUCUCGUCCUCUAUGCCCUGGCGGCCCUGUUUCUCUACGCCGUGUGCCGUGUAGCUGUCAAAUGGUUCCGUCUCCGACACAUCCCCGGUCCCCGGUACCACGGUAUCUCACUCCUUCCUCUGGUGUACAAGUGCUGGCGGGGAAGACUGCACGAGGAUCUGAGGAAGCUGUUCGACACCUAUGGGCCGAUCGUCCGCAUCGGGCCCAACGAGAUCGUGUGCAACGACGUGCCGACCAUGCACCGGAUCCUAGGCUCCAAAUCCCCAUACAACAAGGCGCAGUGGUUCGUCAUCGCCCGGCUGAACGGAGACGGCGACACGGUGCAGUCCAUGUUCGACAAGGAGCAGCGGUCGACGCGCAUGGCGCAGGUCCUGCCGGGAUACGCCGGAAAAGACGGCCAGAGCUUCGAGGGCUGCAUCGACAGGGCCAUCGCGUCGCUCGUGCAUCUCAUCGACACCAAAUACAUCUCGACCGGCACCGAGUUCCGGCCGUUGGAUCUGGCCUCGCGCUUUGGCUUCUUCUCCAUGGACAUGGUCGGCGAGGUCGCCGUGGGCCAGCAGUUUGGCUUCAUGGCCGAGGACCGCGACUGGAGCAACAUCCUGCACACGUACGACAUGAUGCUGCCCAUCAUCCAGAUCCUGGGCAACUACCCCUGGCUGGCCAAGAUGACGUACCGCUGGCCCAUCAGCCUGCUUCUCCCAAAGGAGGGCGACGGGACCGGGUUCGGAGCUGCAACGAGCGUCUACAUGCGCGUCAUCGACUCGCGCCUCUCCCAGCAAGCCCCGAGCCCCAAAGAUACCAAACCCAAGCACGACAUGCUCCAGUCGUUCAUCGCGCACGGCCUCGGCCGCGAAGAGCUAAAGCACGAGAUGUCUCUCGUGUUCCUCGCCGGCUCCGACACGACGGCCAACGCGCUGCGCGCGGCCUUUCUGUGCCUGCUCAGCAACCCGGCGGCGCUCGCGAGACUGCGCGCCGAGGUUGACGGCAACGCCGGCGCCGGCACCAGCGCCCACGUCAACACCCUCCCGUACCUGAACGCCGCCGUCCACGAGGCGCUGCGCGUGUACCCCAGCGUCAGCUCGUCGCUGUUCCACAAGGAGGUGCCGGCGCGCGGCGACACGCUGGCGGGUCGGUUCGUGCCAGGCGGCACGAGCGUCGGCACGGGCGGCGCCGUGUUCGCCGUGUGCCGGUCGCGGGCCAUCUGGGGCGACGACGCCGACGUGUUCCGGCCCGAGCGGUGGCUCGAGGCCGACGAGGGGGAGCUAGCCGAGAUGGAGGCCGCGUGGGGCCUCGUCUUCAGCGUCGGCCAGUUCCGCUGCCUCGGCAAGCAGCUGGCCCUGCUCGCGCUGCGCAAGGUUGUCUACGAGCUGGUGAGGCGGUACGACUUCCAGGCGGUGGACCCGGCGCGGCCGGCCAGCUUCUUCAGCGCCAUCGUCUGGGUCUGGCAGCGGUUCGAAGUCAGGGUGACGAGGAGGGAGGGGCAGCGCAGCAGUAGCACGGCCAUGGCAGGGCUUUGA